UAAAAAUAGUAUAUGCAUAGAUUACUUUUAAUUCGGCUACAAAGUAUUGCACAAAAUAGGGGUCAAUAUGGGACAUAAAUGUCAUUCUGUUGUAUAAACAAAAAAGAAGGAAUAGAAACUGUAAUGGCAUCGGAAAAAAUUAUUCAUAUUUCUACAGUUGCCUUUUUACUUUAAGUUGACUGCAUUUACAUUUAAGUUUUUAGAUAAUAUUAAACAAACUUUGCUAUGAAUAAAAACGAUUGGGUGAAAGUUUGAAUUAUUCCAUUGCACAGCAGAAGUGCAAGCAAGAUGUGAGACAGCCCUAGCAAGUGCAAAACAAACAAAACUAAAAAGUGACUUCUCCAACGAAAAAUCAUAGCACAACAAAACGUGGAAACAGCUGUUUUUGGCAUUCUAAAUGAAAAAGUUGUAGGAUGCACAAACCAGUCAGCUGAAAUCCUGGUGUAAAUAUAUAUCGUCCUUGACUGAAGCUAAUAAAAGGGGAAUAUAUUUCACAAAUCUCUCAAUAAAAAAUGGCAAAACUUCAAAAAACGGCAUUAAAUUUGAAGCAGUUCAUGCUACGCCAGGAGGUACUCAAGCUGUAUCGGGAAAUUUUCCGCACCAUUCGACUUGUGCCGGACGAGAGCAAUCAGCGGGAGCUACGUGAGUGGGCCCGGCAUGACUUUCGUACACACCGUGGCCAAACAGAUGAAUUGGCCAUUAAAAUGAUGAUACAAUACGGGCGUCGCAGUCUUACUGAGUUGCAAACAAGUUUGGAUUUGAGUGGUGCCGGUGCUGGGAAGGGUUCGAGUGCGAAAACGACGGAAAGUAAGAAAUCCAGUAAUGAAGAACUAAAGAAUAAAAUUAGAUAAUAAAAAAUAAUAUGUACCGAAAGCAGAA